GCAGAGCGUUUUUAAUUGUUGAACCAAUUGCGUGAAGCAUGUGCACGGUGGAAAAAGGCGGAACACAACGCAGCAACGAGCGAAUUGAGCGAAAGGCAGAGGCAUACCUGAUGAGAUAACCCUCCACCGAUUGCCGUCGAUUGCGAAUUGUCGAAUUGCGUAGCACCUAGAAACCGGAAGUCCCACUCCGAUUGGCCUGCAUUUCUGUGUGCGUUAAAUAACAGACUCUUCGUCUUGGGAAAAGACCACACUCAGUGUAUCGAAGUGCUAAAGUGACACCUGCAGCAACCGCAGGAACUCGUAGUGCAUUCCCUAAGCCACAAUCAAGCACCUUAGGUGUCAGAAACCGUUUGUGGACGUGUGUAAUUCAACAUUAGUUCUGGUUGUGCGAAACAUUCUGCAAAAUGGCACCUGUUUGUUGUGACAAAAUGGCUAGCCGGAGCAGUUACCAUGGUCACCACAGCUGUGGCGGUAGCAGCAGCACCAGAAGAAGCUCCAGCAGCAGCAGCAGCAGCGGCAAUGCCCACCGUCAUCCGGCGACCUCCGCCAGUGUUAUGCUAAUCGCAUCAAUUUGGAUAUUAUCAGUACACUACGGACACGCACAGGACUUUGGAUAUGAUGGCGAAAAGGGACCAUCGCAUUGGGGCGAACAGUACAACUCGUGUGCCGGCAAACACCAGAGCCCGAUCAACAUCAACUCGCUGGACGUGAAGAAGGUGAAUCUGCCACCGUUGGCGCUGGUCGGAUUCGAUGUUGCACCACGGGAAACCAAUCUCACCAACAAUGGCCACACCGUGGUCGUAACGAUGGAUUCGGCAGUGACACCGACGGUUUCCGGUGGCCCACUGUCCGGUGUGUACGAGUACUCGCAGCUGCACUUCCACUGGGGUGACAAUGAUACGUUCGGUUCGGAGGACAUGAUCGACAAUCACCGCUUCCCGAUGGAACUGCACGUCGUGUUCUUCAAGCAGGAAUACAAAUCGGCCAAAUCGGCCCUCAACUAUCCGGACGGACUGACCGUGCUGGCCUUCUUCUUCGAGAUCUCACCGGACGAUAGCCCAAUGUACGAGGAGUUUAUCAUGCUGCUCAACAACGUCACCGAAAGCCACCAGUCGGCACGCUUCGACACGCCACCGGCGCUGCAGGAUCUGAUCGCCGAGGAUCUGGUGCAUUACUACACGUACAACGGUUCGCUGACGACGCCACCCUGCAGUGAGGUGGUCACGUGGAUCGAUUUCAAGGAACCGAUACUGUUGUCACACGCUCAGGUACAAGCGUUCCGUGCGCUGCAAGAUGAACAUAACUCUCCGCUGACUCACAACUUCCGACCGGUUCAACCGUUGGGAGAUCGGGUUGUACUGUACAACACGGAUGAGAUGAUCAAGGAGGUGGACCUGGAGAAGGAUCUACCGCCAUCGUUGGUGGAGAGUGCUCUCGAUACGAACCGCAUCGAUGCAACCGCAUCGGCCUCCGAAUCAUCGGCAUCGAAGACGACGACGAAACGUCCAAGUAGCGGGGAAAAUGGAACAGCAUCAAUAGAGUCACACCGGACGUUACCACUGGUGAUGGUCGUGAUGGCUGUGCUUGCCGUGGUUGCUGCCCGUCGCACUGCGUGCUGAGAAGGCAAUGCUUUAACGUUCCUGGUGAAUGCAGCCCCGCACCGUUCCGCAGGCUGUACCUUGGAGUGUAAAUACUAGUUUUACGAUGAUAGAACACCUGAAAACCAAACCCGCUCGCUGCAGAUAAUGAACCUCCUCUUUCGAGAAAACGUACAAAUGAAGCUUCAGCUAGAGCCCAUUCGGAUUGUUUGUGGCGCAUACGACCACUUUCAGGAUACGCGAAGGUGGAAAUUGAAAAAAGGUUGGAGAUUCGCGCACAAAUCAUUUGAACACCGCAGUUAUAGCACUCACAGUUAACCAAUUAGAGAAAGAGAUAUAUAGUGUAAUAAAUGGUUAUCAUGAAAUAAACCAAUCGUACCUGGUUA